AAAGCCCCGCUCGCUGCGAUACAGGAAGUGGAAGGGAGCGAAAGCCCCAGAGCGCGGCGGCGGCGGCGGCUUCCCCACUCGGCGCGGGGCUGGCGGCGGCGCCGGCCGGGGCCCAUCCCGAGGGCCAGCGCCAGGGACAUGUGGGCACCGGGGCCACCGMGUUCCGCGCCUCGCGGCGCCUGAGCCCUUCCCAGCACCGUGCCCGAGCUGCCGGCGGCAUGAUCCGACGGGCCGGGGCGCCCGCGCGCGGGGACCCCCAGGGUCCUGCUACAGAGGCUGGCAAAGGAGAGGACGAGGAGAAGGAGGACCGCGUGGGGCUCGGUCUGCCAGCGGCCCCCAAGAACUGCCUUCCGCGCCGGGGCAUCAGCGUCCUGGAAAAGCUGGUCAAGACGUGCCCCGUGUGGCUGCAGCUGGGGCUGGCCAGGUCAGAGGCAGCCAGGAUCCUGCACCGGGAGGUGGCGGGGAUGUUCCUGGUCYGCAGGGACAGCAGCUUGAAGCGCCUGGUGCUCUGUGUGCACUUCCCUUCCCUGAGCGACAGCUCCUCCGAGGUGCUCGAGUACACCAUCAAAGAAGAAAAGUCGCUAUUGUACCUGGAAGGCUCCGUUCUUGUGUUUGAGGACAUCUUCAGACUGGUCGCAUUCUACUGUGUCAGUAGAGAUUUACUGCCCUUCACACUGCGGCUGCCCCAGGCCAUCCUUGAGGCCAGCAGCUUCACAGACCUCGAGACCAUCUCCAACCUGGGCCUGGGCUUCUGGGACUCCUCGCUCAACCCCCAGCGARGCCGCAGGAACUCAGCAGAGCCCCCAAGAGACCCCGGGCCCGGGGCCCCCGCAGCCUGCAGCCCCCGGCCCCCCGCUCGCUAUGAGAACUGCUCCUGCGAGAUCGAGCUGUCCACGGGGAGCGACCGGCUCUGGCUGGUGAAUCCCAUGUUCAUCGAGGACUGCGGCAGCACCCUGCCCCGCGACCUGCCACCUCUGGGCAGCGGCCCCUCGCGGGCUUUGCCAGCCACCUCGGAUACCGCCUCAGACACCACCUCGCCCACCUCCAAGUGGGCCCCCUGCCGCCCGCCGCCACCACCCCCAGCACAUGCCCCGCACCCCGCCGGCCCAGCCCGGCCCUUUACACUGGCCGGCCCGGCUUGUCCACUGCCCGGCUCUCCUGCAGCAUCAGCCCCCCAGACCCCAGGGACCCCAGGGACCCCCGACCAUCCGAGCCAGCCACCCAUGACAGCCUGUGAGAGGUUCCCACGACCUGCCACCGGGCUGGGCCCCCUCAGGGAAGAGGAGCCGACGCCAAGGACCAGCCCCAGCCCCUCGCAGCCGGCCCAGGCCCCUCCGCUGCCCCUGAAGAAGACUCUUCCAGCUGCUCCUCCCAGACGGCGCGUCUCCGACAGGGUGUCCCUGGAAGACCACAGUGCAGGGAUGGUGGCAGAGGGGGACCCACCCRUGCUUUCCAGGGCAGCCCCACUCAGCCCACCUCCCCAGGGGACAUCAGGCAGCCCAGGGGACAGACUUCCAAGGACCACAGAGCAAGGCCCAGAGGCCGAGGCCAAAGCCAGUGAUCUGGGCAGCAAGCCAGAACCUCCCAGGAAGGCCAGGCAACCCCCGGUCCCGCCCCCCAGGAAGAAGCGCGUCUCCAGGCAGCUGGCCCAAGGCCUGCCCAGUCCCUCGGAGAGCGCGGAGCACCCCCCGCAGGAGGUGGCCUCAGAGAAACCCACACCCAGUGCCCCCAGAGAAGGCCAGAGUCCUGCUCCCCAGGCCGGGACUCAGCUCCUCUAUGCUCCUGCCAGCGCCAGUCCCCAGAGCUCCGCGGGGUUCAAGGGCUCCCUGGCCUCGCUCUCAGAGAACCUGGGGCUGCCUGCUUCAGCCACGGACCAGGACUCCUACUCUACCAGCAGCGCCGAGGAGGAGCUGGAGUUCGGCAGCCCCAGCGUGAAGAAGAAGCCCUCCAUGAUCCUGGACAAGGCGCGGCACCGGCUGAGCUUCGUCAGCUUCACCAGCGUCUUCCACGCCUUCCUCUCCAGCGACCGCAAGCUGUACAAGAAGGUGGUGGAGCUGGCGCAGGACAAGGGCUCCUACUUCGGCAGCCUGGUGCAGGACUACAGGGUGUACAGCACGGAGAUGAUGGCGCGCCAGACGUCCAGCACCGAGAUGCUGCAGGAGAUCCGCACCAUGAUGACGCAGCUCAAGAGCUACCUGCUGCAGAGCACCGAGCUCAAGGCCCUAGUGGACCCCAGCCUGCACUCAGAGGAGCAGCUUGAGGCCAUCGUGGAGUCUGCCUUGUACAAGUGCGUGCUGAAGCCCCUGAAGGAGGCCAUCGACGCCAGCCUGCUCGAGAUCCACACCAGGGACGGCGCGCUGCAGCAGCUCAAGGACAACCAGCUGGUGAUCCUGUCCACCACCACCACGGACCUGGGCGUGACCACCAGCGUGCCCGAGGUGCCCGUCAUGGAGAAGAUCCUGCAGAAGCUCUGCAGCAUGCACAAGGCCUACUCGCCCGAGAAGAAGAUCUCCACCCUGCUCAAGACCUGCAAGCUCAUCUACGACUCCAUGGCCCUCGGCAGCCCAGGGAAGCCCUACGGGGCCGACGACUUCCUCCCGGUGCUCAUGUACGUGCUGGCCCGCAGCAACCUGACCGAGAUGCUGCUCAGCGUGGAGUACAUGAUGGAGCUCAUGGACCCCGCCCUGCAGCUGGGGGAGGGCUCCUACUAUCUGACCACCACCUACGGGGCCCUGGAGCACAUCAAGAACUACGACAAGAUCACGGUGACCCGGCAGCUGAGUGUGGAGGUGCAGGACUCCAUCCACCGCUGGGAGCGGAGGCGCACGCUCAACAAGGCCCGGGCCUCGCGCUCCUCGGUGCAGGACUUCAUCUGUGUGUCCUAUCUGGAGCCCGAGCAGCAGUCGCGGACUCUGGCRUCACGGGCAGACACGAUGGCCCAGGCACUGUGUGCGCAGUGCGCUGAAAAGUUCGAGGUGACCCAGCCCCAGGAGCACCGGCUCUUCGUGCUGGUGGAUGGGCGCUGCUUCCAGCUGGCCGACGAGGCACUGCCACAUCGCAUCAAGGGCUAUCUGCUGCGAAGUGAGCCCAAGCGCGACUUCCACUUCGUGUACCGGCCCCUGGAUGGUGGUGGGGACAGCGGGAACCCGCCCUUCCUGGUGGUGCGGGAGCCCAACUUCCUGUGAGGCCCGGGCUACCAGGGUCCCUGCCAUGGCAGUAUGUCCUGAGACUGGUGGGACAGGAGAACAGGGACUGGGGCCUCACUCACUCACCCCACCACACUCAGCUGCACCCACUCAUCCAGAAACGUGCCCCCACGUCUGAGCACACACGGAGACUCCCGGYGGGUGCCCGCCUGUGCACAUGCGUACCACCCACUGAACAUGGUAACCCAAGGGCACAAAAUAAUUGUGAGGAUGACAUGAAGCAGUGGCCAAGGGCACUUCCUGAGGUGGAGUCAUAGCACUGAGAGGCCAUGUUCUUCAUCAGACAGAAAGGGAAACUGAGGCUCAGAGAGGGAAGAGGUUCUCCAGCCAGCUGCAGCUACUAAGCCACCCCUGCUCAUGCACAGGGCCUCCUGCGGCCCUCCCCCUCCUUGCUGUUUCUAGGGCUCAUUUUCCAGGGCUGACUGAAGAGGGAGCGCCUGGCCCCCCCGUUGCUCCUCUGCUACUCAGGAUGGAGCUGGGAAGUUCCGGAAACACGCAGCAUCUCAGGAGCAUCUCUCAGGGUGUGUGUUGAAGGGACAGGCCCCCUGCCCCUGCCAGAGAGCCUGCCCACAACCCCCAGUGCCCACAGCCCCCUACAGCACCUGCACCCCUCCAGAGGCAGCCCGACACCAGGGCCACCAAGCCAGGCCACGGAUACAUGGACAAGCCCCACCUCCACCAGGGGAAAACUGACAGGGCGUUCCCUGGUGGACACCCAGGGCUGUGGCAAUUGUUGAAAGAGGCACUGGGGGGAGUUUAAUAAAACUUGUGAAAGCGGCAUUUCCUUCUCUGGAGAAGCUGGAGCUCUGUGGCCAUCCCAGGCCACGGCCUGACUCUCCCAGUUGGGGCUCAGACGGCCCCUGCCCUCUGCCAGAACCUGCAGUGUUCUCAGAGCCUGCAGCCCUCGGGGCCCUGGCCCCGUCUGACCCUCAGCCUGGUCAUCUUCUACACCCCCAGCACCCUUGGUUCUUUCCAUCCCAGCUCUAGAUGACUUCCAGAACCAUCUCUCGCCCCCCUGCUGCUGAUGCCCCCCCCCCAACACCAUUCCCUGCGUCUUCACCUGAUCAGCUCCUCUAGAGCCUUCAAAGCCCUUCUCCACAGGAGGCCUUUCUUGACACCCGGUUGAGCCAGACAGUGCCUACCCUGGUCCGCAGCCCUGGACAGUCCUGUGACAGUCUGCCCAUCCACUGGCAGCUGUCUGUCAUCCUCCUCUUCCUCCAGCGGAUCUGUACUGUCCCUGUCUGUCCUUGGCACUGAUUAAAGAUGGGUGUUCACUGGGGACCUGCUUA